CUGUAGCUGAUCAAAAUCACAUCACCGAAUUUGUCUUUUUUCUUUUUCUUUUUUUUUUGCCAGCCGCUCGCAUGCACACACGGCGAGGCUGACAUCACUUGACAUCUCCAUGCUUCCUCAUUUCAAUAUUAACUGUUUACCAGAAGAGAAACUGGUUUGGCGCGAGGGUGCUGCGUGCACGCGUGCCUCUGUGUGUGAGCGAGAGCUUUUUUCCCCUCUCCGUCCCUUCACAGCUACAGGUCAUUACACCGAGCUGCCUGAAACUGCCUGAUGCUAUUUUUCACCAGCGUGACUUUAGAAGAGGCAGCUUUGUGGAUGUGCUCCCCUUUCUGCCUCGGCUGGGGCGUAGGAACCACUGCAAAGCUCGGUGCUGCCGCUGCCAUCUGAGAGCCAACCUGCUGAAGGACCCCUUGCCCUCCCCAGGCCGGUAAUAAUGACACAGAUGCAGUUUAAAGAUGCAUUUUGGUGCCAGGAGUUCACCUUACACACCGGCUUUGAGGUGCUUGUACAGCGACUGUUGGAUGGGAGGAAGAUGUGCAAAGAUGUGGAGGAUUUGCUCAAGCAAAGAGCCCAAGCAGAAGAGAGGUACGGGAAAGAGCUGGUUCAAAUUGCCCGAAAAGCAGGAGGACAAACAGAAAUCAACACGCUGAGGGCAGCAUUUGAGAAGCUCAAGCAACAAAUUGAAAGUGUUGGAAACUCUCAUAUCCAGCUGGCAGGAAUGCUGAAGGAUGAACUGAAAGGAAUAGAGGAGUUCCGAGAAAGGCAGAAGGAACAAAGGAAAAAGUACGAGUCUGCAAUGGAGCGCAUGCAAAAGAGCAAGUUGUCCCAUUAUAAGAAAACAAUGGAGUCAAAGAAGAGCUACGAACAGAAGUGCAAGGAGGCGGAUGAGGCCGAGCAGUCCUUUGAACGAAUGAGCGCUACAGGCAACCAGAAGCAAACGGAAAAGAGCCAGAACAAAGCCAAGCAAUGCCGAGAUGCAGCACACGAAGCAGAGAAUGUGUACAAACAGAACAUUGAACAGCUGGAUAAGGCCAGGACAGAGUGGGAACAGGAACAUAUCAAAACCUGUGAGGUUUUCCAGCUCCAAGAGUGUGACCGCAUCACCAUCCUCCGGAACUCACUGUGGGUUCACUGCAACCAGCUCUCUAUGCAAUGCGUGAAGGAUGACGAGCUGUAUGAAGAGGUUCGGGUAAGCUUGGAGAACUGCGUCAUAGAGUCAGACAUUGACUACUUCAUUAAGAGUAAAAUGACAGGAACACAACCUCCAGGUGCAAUAGGAUAUGAGAACUACUACGACAGAGAACCAAACAGAAGCAACAGCCCAACCCAGUCCUGUGGGAUGAUGAAGAGAUUCUCUGGACUAUUGCACGGAAGCAGCAAAAACAACACUCAAAGUGCUAUUCCUUCAGCCCCUCCCUUAGAGAGGACAGAUGGGGUCUACGCAUCCAUUUUUGUAAAUGAACAUGAAAGAAUUACAUCAUCACAGGACUACAGAGUACUUUAUGACUACACAGCCCAGAACAUGGAUGAACUGGACAUCAAUGAAGGAGAUAUCGUGGCUGUCAUUGAAGAAAAUGACGAUGGCUGGUGGACAGCUGAAAGGAAUGGGCAACGAGGCUUUGUGCCAGGGUCUUACCUUGAAAAGAUUUGUUGAAGGGUAGCCUCUGUCCUUAGACUUUGAAAAUAUUCUACUACUGAAAACAAACAUCAUACAAGGUCUGCUCCAGUUGACCAAGAACAACCCAUUGUACUGUCUUCUACAUUUAUUAGUCAGGAAAUACCUGCUUUCAUCUUCCUUCCCACCGAUCCUCUCUCCCCUCAGCAACUUCUGGCCCACACUGUCUGCAAAAGCUGUCUUCAUCUCAGCAAGAUGAGGACUUGGGUUUCUCACAAAGGUGCUUUCCACUCUCAGCACUGCUGCCAUCAGUAUCUCACAUCUCAGCAAAUCUGGGAGAAAAAUUCUGCUUAGAACUUCACUAUACUAAAAGAAAAAGAAGCGAAUUCUGCUUGUCCAGGAUGGAAGACCACCUCCAGUCAGCCCGUGAGCAACCCUUACCAUCAUAGCAGCCAUGAUCUCCACCACGGAUCCCCUCUUCUCACUGCACACAUCAUACAAGCAUUUCUGAGGGCUGAGCUGAAAGCAGGGAGCACACGUACUCAGAAAGCAGAUAGCUUUUAUGUCACAAGGUCAUCCAUGGCUCUGCUUUGCACUGGAUUCUGGGACAGCAAAAUGAGGGCAGAUGAAGAGCCCAAGGCCUGCUUUCUCCUCAGUUGGAUGGUUUCUCUGACACCUUGCUGGGAUUUUUCUUGUUUAAAACAAGCCUUCUAGCAGUGCUGUCCUGCCCUGAUCCUGGGAAAGAAGCGCUAGUUGCCUCCUCACGCAGUCUGCACAGACACGCUUUCAGUGCAUUCUCCUUUUAACCCCUCUGUUCACCCAGCUGAUCCCUUCCUGCCCACAGGCUUUUCAGUCUCUACCUACAGCCUCUGCACUGCUGGGAUAGCUGGCACAGAUUUGGCUGGGUUCCUUUCCAAUUACUUGUGAUGUGCUUGUUCUACAACAAAGCCUCUUCAGAGAAGCUGCACUGAGCAGGUUCGUUGCACCUCACAGGUUACAGCUCUGGCAGUCCUUACAGCCCAGUAUUUAGCAAUGUUUCCAACCACCACUAUACUUUGUGAGAGAUCAUUAAGUACUUUGCGUCACUUCUCCCUCUUUAGCAUUCAGAAACAGUUAAAAAAAAACUAUACAAUGAUUUGAUCUGAAGCACAAAGUGCUAUUUCUGGGCCUAAUGACCCUGUUUGCAAAGGUUUCAGAUCCUAAAACCAAACCAAGUCAAUGAAAAUGAGUCAAAUUGCUCCUCAAAAGGCAUGAAGUAGGGAGGAACUGUUAGCUAAGGCAACUGCAAGAAAGAAAUCUAGACUGAAGAAAAAGCUGUAACAUUCAAUGCAAUUAUUUCUCACAUUAAAUACAGUGAGAGUCAGAGGCACUUGUGUUAUCUUAUUCUCAUUUCUUGAUUCCAGAAUGGAUUAAAAGUUGCUGCAGGCCCUCUCUGUCCUCCUGCAGACAACACAGCACACUUGUCUUCCCCACACUUGUCCAAGUUACCAUAUAGCACAUCUGCAUUAGUGCUGAAGGGCUCUUAGCAGCUCUCAUCAGCAGAGGCUCAGAGGAACUGCAGGAGCUUGAAUGUCAUUUCAGGCACUAGACUGUAUGAACAGCAGUGCUCAUCCAGGCUGCGGAUGUCAAUGACAGCUUCCUGUGACCAAGUCUGAAUUGACAGUGGGAAGAGUCCACAAUAGCCUCCAAUUAGUUAACUGCACUGUAAAUGCAGCUGCCAGACAACUACAACAGUUCCUUAUGUGCAGCAUAAGAGGAAACCUAAAGCAUGAAAGAUUUAAUGGGUUUGCUUCUUGAAUACUGGGUUUCUCACAAAGAGAACUGUAAUUAACCAACAGAUACUGACAUAUUUUGCAAGUGACCUUAAUUAAAAAGAAAAGAAAGUCUCUAAGAUGCAACUCUCCUAACAAUAUAUGACACAGGGAUCCUGCUAAGGCUCCUCACAGACAGCCUCACCUCGCACAAGACACUGCAACACCCAGUCCUGGUUACCUUGAAAUCCUUUUACGGAUUGUCUUUGCCUACACGAACCACACGGUCCACAUCAGCUGACAGACAGAUGGCGACUGCUGUAUCUCCUCCAUCAAAGCACUUCAUAUUUUUGCUGUUAAAUUCAGGAAACUGGUUUCUUUUCUAUCUUUUUUUUUUCCUGUCAAGUUUGCUUUUGUUUGUUGCAACUGCAAGAGGCUAUAGAUAUUUCAAAAUCUACCCAUUCUUGUAGCAUUUGGGUCCCACGUGCUAACUCCAGGCUGAUAAGGAAAUGAAAAAGCAACAGCAGUGUUUUCUCAUAAUUCAGUUCCUCUGCUUUACCCUGAAGAAUCUUGCUGAUAAGUUGUUAACAAGCCAUAUCUAUGCAGCUUGCUCUAUCAGUACCAGCACUCGUCAGAAAUAAAACAAAGAUAUCAAGAAAUACCCACACACACCCUUAAAUCACCCCUUUCCAUGUCAUCCAUUCCAGGCAGUACAAAAAGCAGGAAGAUCAAACACAGGGUAUUGCCUUAAUAAUAACAUUGCCUCUCCAGCUUGGUAGCUAUUUGGUAACAAAACUGACGCAUUCAAGAAAUCAUUUAAUUUUCAGGUGAAACUAAAACAGAUCCUUUCCAGUGACAGGCAUACUUCUACUCAACUCCAGUGUAUUUGGCUGAAAUGCUUUUUUGAUAGACACUUCUGAUAAGGCUCUACCUCUACCUCGACUACCAUUUUUUGGCGAGGAGGUGUCAAGCAACAGGUAGGGCCAUAACAACAGUGGCACGCAUAGCUUUCCCAAGUAAACUAAUUUCAUAGCACACCCACAAUCAGCACAUUGCCUCUUUACCUAUGCUGCCAGUGCUCUGGAAGGCUUCACACACAAGCAGCUGUUAGCAGACAGUGAGGAACACGCUUUUGCCAGCUGCUCUGCAAAGGGGGGUGCCUAAUUACCCACUUACAGCCUAUGGCUAAUAUGUAAAUAGAGUCAAACUAAUUAAAGCAAAUUUGCAAUAA